GGCCGGCUGCUGGUUGUUUGUUUUCGCGAUAGAUUAUUUUUGACCCUUUACGACCACCGUACCGCAGAUCCCAAAUGACAACAUUAGUGUCUGCUUGUCUCAGGGAAACUCUUAUCUUCACAGCGGUUAGCAAGCUCCAGGUUUCCCCAUAGCUAAAGACAUGAUGGAAUAGUUAGGUUGUCAACAUUUGAAUAGACCGUUUUAUGCUACAAAAUGGAUUACCUGCUCCAAGUGAAGAUAGGCGCUCUGGUCGGGUUAUUGCUCCUAACGCUUCUCUUCGGAUUAAUCCCUGCUCGGAUCAAAUGGUUCAGAGACACAAACGGGUCAGAAUUGCACAGCACAGUUCUGAGUCUGAUCAGCUGUUUUGCUGGCGGGGUUUUUCUGGCAGCAUGUCUGCUGGACAUCAUUCCAGAUUAUCUGUCGGACAUCAGCGCUGAGCUGGAUGUUCGGAAGGUGGAGACCAGUUUCCCCCUGGCAGAGUUCAUCAUGGCUGCUGGAUUCUUCAUGGUUCUCAUUCUGGAGAGGAUUGUCCUGAACUGUCGAGAGGCGGCAGAGUCUCAGGAGGAGAGGUCCCCCCUGAUGGCGGACAACAAGAACGGACAUGGACAUGGACAUGGACAUGGACAUGGCCAUGGAACAAAUCCUGAUCUGGAGGGGAGCGGCCAACAUGUCCAUGUAGACUUUCAGGCCCACUCCCCCUUUCGCUCCUUCAUGCUCUUCCUCUCCCUCUCCCUCCACUCAGUUUUUGAAGGUCUUGCUAUUGGCCUGCAGAGCACAGACUCAAAGGUAUUAGAGAUCUGCAUAGCGAUCCUUGUCCACAAGUCCAUCAUCGUGUUCAGCCUGUCGGUGAAGCUGGUGCAGAGCGCAGUGCGUCCGCUGUGGAUCGCUGCUUACAUCAGUGUGUUUGCCAUGAUGUCACCAAUAGGCAUCGCCAUCGGCAUCAGCGUGAUGGAGGCCAAGCUGGCGGCGGGCGCUCUGAUCCAGGCGGUCCUGGAGGGCCUCGCUGCGGGGACCUUCAUCUACAUCACCUUCCUGGAGAUCCUCCCCCAUGAGCUCAACUCCCCCGGGAAGCAGCUUCUGAAGGUGCUCUUCAUCCUGCUGGGCUUCAGCAUCAUGGCCGCUCUGACCUUCAUCGGCUGAUCCCAGUCUGCAGCUGUCAGAGGGGCCUGGGUACUUUGAGGAAAACACUGCAGCUCACACACACUUUGUACAUAAAACUGUCCUCGUCAGAAAAGAAGUAUGUUUACUGGUGCGGGUUCCACAACUCUGCUGUUUUUAAUGUCAAAGGGACAGUGACAACAGAUGUUUUAUUUAUUUUAUCUUUUUAAUUCACAAAGGAGGAGUACAGUCUAUUGUGUAAAUAUACAAAUUCCUUUGAGGGUUUAAGUAAAGAUAAACCACUAUGUUUGAUGAAUGACUGAGUCCUCUCAUUUAUCACUGGCCAUGCUUUGGACCUGCAAACAAGACCAGAGCUUCUCACCUUUGACCCUACUGAGGAAACCACUGGAAACAAAGGGGCCAUGUUAUAAGUAUAUGAAACUAGAAAUAAUGUAAUCAUGUUAGUAUAUCUGUACUACUGUUUCUCUUUGAAACUAACUAAUGGGAAGCUAAUCCUUUCCAAACAGCACUAAUGGUGCCUUUUUGGUCGGUUCUUCACCGCAAGCUGGAUACUUUGUAACUUGUUAUGAAUGGUGUGACCUAGAGUUAUUUGGUAAAUACUGACAUUUAAGUGCAUUUCAUACUGUAGGUGUGAUUUCCAGCAUAGUGAACUGUCGUAUAACAUUUAAUACAUUUGACCAGUAAGCUAAUGUAAUUGUAAACUGAAUUCCUGAUGCCUUAAGUUUUAUGCCAAAAAAAAUAUAUGUUGGAUUUCUUUUUGUACUGGUGCACUUUCCCAAUAAAGAAUAGGUGAUUACCUGCACACAGGAGCAAGGCUACAAUCAAAUUGUUAUUGAACAACCCACAGUUUAAACAAGCUGUUCCCUGUUGUUUGUAAAUGCAGACAUACAUCUUCUUAGUAAAUCAUAUUUAGUACAGUUAGUUCUCUAUUUGGAUUGUGGAAGAAUACAAAGACAGAGAGAAGUGCAGAUACAUUCUGCAAACUGAUACUUCAGUGUUUUAACUGCGCACAUACUUCUGAAUAUGUCAAAAUAAAUCAAACCAAGCAGGACACCAAAGUCCAGCACAUUGGGUAAAAAAAUGGUAUUAUCCAUGGUCCACACAUGUGCAAGGUUGCUUUAACAUGGAAAGUAUUAGUAGUGAAAAACAGUACAAAAAACACAAUUACAACACUGGUGUGUGUGCUUUCAGCCUGCUUACACUCACAACACAACAGUAUGUCCCAUCUAUGCAGUCAUAGUUUUAAAAUGUCACUGUUUAGUUGCAAUUCCUCUUUUAGUUUGUCAUGUGAUAGCAGAUGGCAGAACAAAUAGCAGGAAGUUGGAAGGUGUGGGCUGGUUGUCAAAAAAACUACUUGUACAGCAAUUCAUACAAAAUUGUGUAAAUGUCGAUUCUAAUGUGGCAUGUUGCAAAUAUGUUCAUUUUCAUUAAAAACUCAUCUGAUCAAGA